GCGUUUGGGUUGCGUAUGCCUCGCAGCGUAUGGUAGCGCGUGUUAAACAUUCUAAUAAGCAGCAGCGAGAACAAAGUUAAAAAUGUGUAAUGAAAGAGUUCAUUAUCAGCAGUGAAUAAGAAAAGUGAAGAACAGCCAAUGCAAGUGCAAGUACAAGUGGAAGCGCAAGUGCAGUGAACCAGUCCCAGCGGACGGCGCCCUUGACUGCGUGCAGGAAUUUGCGUACGCAGCAACGCCAGCGCAGUAGCAGCGAAAAGCGUAGCAACAAAAUAGUAGUAGAUUUCGCUGUGGCAGAAUGAGUAGCAUGAUUUGCAAACAUGCCGUGCUCGUUUAUUAAUUAACUAAUUAAAAAGUGAAAGAAGAGAGAGAAGUAACAAAUAGGUGUUGUAUUCCGAGCCCAUAAAACAGACCAACAAAAUUCGUAUUAAUAUGACAUCAUACGCGAAUGACACUACGUCAACGGCAGCAGCCACGACAACGACAACAAUUGAGGGAGCAGCAACAAAUGCAGGAGCCGUAACGCCAGCAGCAGCACCAACCACAGUACCAGCGGCUGCUGUCGGCGCAGCUGCUAAACAAGUGUCGAACAACAACAGCAAUGACAACGGUGAAUACGACGAGGACGACAACAGCUUAGAUGGUCGUGAGAAAGCCGACACGACACCCGAGAACCUCAAGAAGAUUGCCGAGAUCAUAAACGACAAGGAGGCAGCAGCAGCAGCGGCAGCGACGUUAGGCUCUCUGUCACCGCGACUGCAGCAUCAGCAGCAGCUAAAUGCGUCGAGCUUCGUAGGACUUGGCGCUGCCAUCGAUGAGUCAAACACAAAGUUCUGCCUUGGCAAGCCGCCGCCAUCGCCGGCCGAAAAAGCGGCUGUGCUGGGCAGAGCGAAUCAUCGGCCGAGCAGCAACAGCAACAAAGAAAGCGACGCCGCUGAUGUGGAAGAGGAGUCGACGGCGUCGACUUCGACAGCGACCAAGCAGUCGCUGGCCUUCACCAUUGAUCACUUUGACGCCUCGGAGAACGACUCGGCGGCUCAGGCGGCGCGCUACAAGAAUAUGAUGGAACGCUUUCAGAACCGGCACAGGCGAGGAGCCUCCAUGUCCAAGCUGGAGAGCGAAGGCAGCUCGGCCAACAGCGCCAACGGGCGACAGUCGCAGCGCAGCAGUCUGGAUGCCAGCAGCGUGGCCGAUGAUGCUUCCGUGGCAGCCACGCCCACCACCGAGGCAGCGCCAGCGGUGAAGAUGCGCGUUCGUGAGCGCAGCGCGUCCCGGGUGAGGGACGCCUCCAAGCGACACAGCUGGUCGCCGCGCAGCUCGGCCACGACGGAGCCGCCCGCCCGGGUGCCUAGCCAGAAGCCAAAGCCGGCCCAGCCUGCGCCGCCCAAGGGCACCUCCAACAUGCUGGCCAAUCGCACCGCGCAGUUCACGCCGCGCUCCACAGCGAUGCAGCUGGCGCUGAAGCAGGUGGAGCUGCUGUGCCCGCAUCCUCCACUGAGCGAUAUGAAGAGCGGCGAGGACGACGCUGUCAGCGAGGCGGGCACCUACACGCUCGACGGCGACAACUACACCGAGGAGCAGAAGGAUCUCAUGAACAUCGAUCGUAACGCUGCGGCGGCUGCGGCUGCCGCUGCUGCGACUGCGACAGCGUCGGCUAAGCUGCGUCCCAAGCAGCUGGCCGUGAAGCCCAACCGCGCCAGCAAUGUGCUGGAGGUGAACUACUACCAUGAGACGCCCCAACAGGAGCAGAAGGGCAACAGCAGCAGCGCCAAUGCCACGGGCGCCUACCUGGAGCAGCUCAAGUCUAGAGCGCUCCACCCUCAGGCGCCGCCAACGCCUCCCUCGCCCCGCUCGCCGGCCGCCGAUGUGGGCUGCUUCACCAGCGUCACGACCAGCGGCGUGCUGGCCAAGCAGCGGGCUCUGGACACGCAUCCCAAGCUGACGCGCCACUCGCACAGCCUGUCCACCUCGCAGAUCGACAGCUCCGAGUACGUGAGCAACGAGGCCAAGCUGCGCCACGCCCAGGCCCAGGCCAUAGCAGGCAGUGCCACGGAUCGCCAGAAGGCCGAGUAUCGACUGAAUGUGUUCACCAGCAGCAACAGCCAACAGCAGCAGCAACAACAACAGCAGCAGCAGCAGCAGCCACUGCAUCAGCUGCCUGAGACGCCGACCACGCCCACAGAGGCAGCGCUGCUGCAGUCGGCGCCCACAAAGCAGGACUGGAUACAGGAGUGGGCGCGCAAUGCGCGUGCUCGCAGUCUCGCCCAGGAUGUGAGCAGCAGCUCCGCCAAUCGCCGCAAGCAGCAGGCGCAGGCCCAAGCCCAGGCACAGCAACUGAUGACACGCAGCUACAAUUGCUCGGACACUGGCGCGGAUUCCUUGACGGAUGACAGCCUCAGCUUGUAUAAUCAGCAGCAGCAGCGCCAGUAUGCCGCAGCUGCUAAGCUGAAUCGCAGCCUGGCGGAGCGCUACCGACUGCUGGGUGACUGUGACUACGCGAGCGAUCCGGCGCUGUGCAGCCCGGGCCAGCUGCCGGGCGAGCCGUACAAGCCGCCAAAGAGUCCCAGCAAGAUACCCUCGCCGCUGCACACGCUGGGACGCGCGCGCAGUGCCAGCCGCUCGCGGCCAGCCAUGGAGCAAAUGCCGUCGCAGACGAACUCGCGCCGCAGCUCGGUCAAGUCGCCGGCGAACCAGUGCAGUCCCCAGCACAGUCUGGACACGUCGGCGGGCUAUCGCCGCUCGCCGCUGCAUCGCGCCCUGAUGACCAGCAGCAUCAACGAGGCGCAGCUGCAGCUGCUGACCAGCGGCGAGUAUCUGCUGAAGCAGCUGCAUCGGCGCAAGAACUCGCUGGACGAUGUGGAGCACGUGGAGUUGCCCACGUCGUCUGCUGGCGACAUAUCGCCGCUGCGCCGCUCCAGCUCCUUCCAGCGGCCGCUGCAGAAUCUGCGCCAGGCGCGCCCCAACUUUCAGAAUCUGUAUACUCCGCCAGCGGCCCGCCACCUGCAACAUCAGCAGCAGCAACAGUUGCAGCUGCAGCUGAAAAAGUCCGCCAGCAGCAACAACUUCGAUCAGUCGUACAGCGACUACGACAACGAGCUGCAGUACUACAUCAACGACGAGGACGAGCUGGGCACCACGGGCCCCUACUACUCCAGCGGCGAGGAGGAGGAUGAGCUAGAGCUGGAGCAUCACCAGCAGCAACAGCAACAGCUGCAGCAGCAGCAGCAGCAGAGGUCGCGUCAGGCGCAACAAACGCACAAUGCUUCCGACUCGGCUGUGCCGUUGACCAAUACGCGGCUCAACAAGGCGCUGCUCAUGCGCAUCGAGCGCAGCAAGCAGCGCGUGGCGGGCAGUGGAGCAGCAAGUGCAACUGGCCAGGGACUCACGCCAUCGAAGCCCAGCUCGGCGCCUGCGGGCAAGCUGAGUGCGGCUGCCCAGGCAGCAGCAGCUGGGCUGGUGGCCUGUCCCAACACGCCCGAGCUGCCACGGCGCGGCAUCAAGAGCGCCCAGCCGCGUGCUGCCUCUGGCUGCGGACCCAAGUUGCGGCAGUCCAUGCCACGUGAGACGAGCCUCAGUCGCUUGGCCCAGCAGGUGCCCAGCAGCUUGGCCAAUGCCAAGAAGCAGCUGCUGCAGACGGCCAACGCCACGAGCAAUAUGCGCGUGCAGCCCAAGUACCUUGACAUAUCCAAGUACAAGUCGGCGCAGUCGAACAACUUCUUGCGCAAGAACGAUGCCAAGAGCACCCUCAAGCCGGCCGAGCAAAUGAAGCGCAGUCCCAGCGCCUCCUCCAUGGGUCUGAGCCGUGGCGAUGGCACGCGUGCCAGCAACCGCAGCGUGCGCUCCAACACCUCUGUGAUGAACAGCAGCACCACAUCCCUGGGUGGUGGUGGCGGCGGCAUGCGCGCCUCAUCCAGCGUGCGCCGCGAUGCCUCAGUGAACAAACAGAAGGAGGCCGAGAUGGUCAUGUGGAAGCGCCGCUCCACCUACGAUCCCAUGAAGGCGGCUGCCGAGGAUCGACGCCGCAAAGAGGAGGCGCGCCGUGCCCAGACACAGGCCCAGGCACAGCAGCAAUACAAUAAUGUGGCUGGCGAUGUGCCCUUCGAAAGUGUCCUUCGCCCGGCCAACAAUCUGACCAUCACGGGCAGCAUAAACUACAGCCCACGAAAUUCAAUGGAAAACGAUGCCUGGACGCUUGGUGAAUCCUCAGAGUUCGGCGAGUAUCCCGAGGACUACGAAGAGGACGACGUGGAUGGGGAGGAUCCAGAGCAGGAACGGGACGAAUACGCGGCUGGCCAGGAGUCCGAUGAGGUAUUCGAGGCGGAAACGGCGGAGGCCACAGCUUAGGUCAGACAACAGCAGCAGCAGCAGCAUCGAGUUAAGCCAGCAACAGUGAUAAAUAUAUAUAUUAUAGCAGUCUAUAUAUAUAAAUACAAAACUAUAUAUUGUAUAACGGCGAGCGCAAUGCGAUUUAGUUAUUAAUCUUUUCCUAUAUCACAUCAAACAUGAUAUUUGAUUUAUAUAAACUGAAGUAAGGCAAUUGAAUGUCUUGAAUAAACUGAGUGAAUACUUUGCACGAUGAA